ACAUUUACCCCAAAAAGAAUAAUUCUCUCGUAUCAAAUAAUUUAUUCAUUUCAUUAAUUAUAACGUCAUUUUACUGUUACGAUAUUAACAGUGCAUCUUUUAUUAAAGAAAACGGUCUGUGUUAAUACGGUCAAAAGUGUACUACACUGUUUUUGUCGUUCUUCGCCAGUAGCAGAAAUCGAUAAAUAGAAAAGAAAAAUAAAAAAGAAAAUAAAACAUAGAGAUUUCGUAAAAAAUUUACAUAAAAUAUAAUGGCAUUCCCGCCAUGUCCUUUAUCUCUUAAGCAAAUACAACAUUUUUUAAAAAUCGCCCAGGAACAUGACGACAGAGAUAUUGUGGUGGCAUAUUGGUCACGGCUUUAUGCUUUGCAAAUUGGCCUGAAAAUUAGUGCUCAACAAGCAGACGAGACUUCUUUAUUGUUGGCUAUAAUGGAUUGGUUGGAAACAGUAAAAAGAGAAAACUCUACCAAUGAAGCUAUCACGAACGAGGUAGCUGCUUUGGCUCAUUUGGAAAAUUAUGCGUUGAAAUUAUUUCUUUACGCUGACAAACAGGAUCGAGAAAGCAACUUUGGCAAGAAUGUUGUAAAAGCGUUUUACUCCAGCGGCGUAAUUUACGAUAUAUUACAAACUUUUGGCGAAUUAUCGGAGGAAGCAUUAGGCAAUCGUAAAUAUGCGAAGUGGAAGGCAGCUUACAUACAUAAUUGCUUGAAAAACGGCGAAACGCCAAUACCUGGACCUAUGCAAGAAGAAGGAGAUGACGAAGAAACGAAUAUAACAGCACCUGCCGAUAUUCGUGACAAUUCGCCGGAUAUUACCGCAAAUGGUGAUCCAAACGCAGCCUACGAUCCGAAUUUGGAGUUAAUACAACCACCGUCUGCGGAUAGCACGCUACCGACGGCAGAAGAGAUUCUCAAUAAUCCAAAUAAGCUACCCAGUCCACCAGUCGACGAAGAAAAACCAGGUGGUUUUGAACCGUUCGUACCACCGGAACAUGUCCCUUCUGCACAAGUAAUCGACUUACAAAUUACUCCCGAACAAAUGAUCAAAGCCCAAAAAUAUUGCAAAUAUGCUGGUAGCGCAUUAAAUUAUGAUGAUGUGAAAACGGCCAUCGAAAAUUUACAAAAAGCUUUGACUCUGCUCACAACUGGACAAGAUGUCUAAUUUGUUAAAAUUAAUUUUCCUAAUAAUUCGCUUUUUCGCUUUAGCUUAAAGAAACAAUCAAGUGCAUAUAUAAUAAAUAUUUAUUACUAAUGUAAUGAAUAUUU